AUGGAGCGAACGAUCGAGCAACGUGUUAGCAUCAAAUUUUGUGUGAAAUUAAAAAAAACCGCCACGGAAACUCUUAAAAUGAUUCAAGAGGCUUUCGGUGAGGAUGCCCUAUCCAGAACUCAAGUGUUUGAGUGGCACAAAAAUUUCCGGGACGGCCGCGAAGACGUCCAUGACGAGCAGCGCAUCGGCCGUCCAGUUUCCACUCACACGGACGCAAAUGUGAAGAAAGUGCGUGAUGUUUUGAACAAUGACCGUCGUUUGAGCAUCCGGAUGAUCGCCGAUGAGGUGGGCAUUGACAAAAUGACCGUGCACAACAUUAUUACAAACGAUUUGGGCAUGAGAAAAAUUUGCGCGAAGCUCGUGCCCAAAGUUCUCACGGACGAGCAAAAGGAACGUCGCGUCGCUGUCGCUUCGGAAAUGAUUGAUCGACUGCAAACUGAAUCAGAAAUUUUGGACCGUGUUAUUUCAGGAGAUGAGUCAUGGGUUUUUAAAUACGACCCUGAAACAAAAAGGCAAAGUACAGAAUGGCACACGUUGGCGUCGCCGUGA